AAAUCUCACAGCUUCCGUAAAUUAGAAUUCUAGGGUUCUUCCGAUUAGGCUAAAAUCGAAUCGAGAUUCCCCAAAAAUCUGAUCUUUGAUUUAUAAAAGAUGUCUCAGAACGGGAAGAUAAUCCCAAAUCUGGACCAGAACAGUACGAGGCUCCUCAAUCUCACAGUUCUCCAGCGGAUCGAUCCAUACAUCGAGGAAAUCCUCAUCACAGCCGCUCAUGUCACUUUCUAUGAAUUCAACAUUGAGCUUAGCCAAUGGAGUCGUAAGGAUGUUGAAGGAUCUUUGUUUGUUGUCAAAAGAAGUACACAACCUCGAUUUCAGUUUAUUGUGAUGAAUCGUCGAAAUACAGAUAAUCUGGUGGAGAAUCUCCUGGGAGAUUUUGAGUAUGAAGUCCAAGGUCCUUAUUUACUUUACCGUAAUGCAUCUCAAGAAGUAAAUGGCAUUUGGUUCUACAAUAAACGUGAAUGCGAGGAGGUAGCAACUCUUUUCAACAGAAUACUUAGUGCAUAUUCCAAGGUUAACCAGAAGCCAAAGGCCUCAUCUUCAAAAAGUGAGUUUGAGGAAUUGGAAGCUAAGCCUACAAUGGCAGUUAUGGAUGGUCCUCUUGAACCAUCAUCAACUGCUAGGGAUUCCCCUGAUGAUCCUGCUUUCGUCAACUUCUUUAGCUCAACGAUGACUCUUGGGAACACUGCGAGUGGGUCAGCAAGUGGACCACCUUACCAAUCAUCAGCGAUUCCUCACCAACCUCACCAAGCUCACCAACCCACUCCUCCUGUAGCGGCAGCAGCACCUCCACAGAUACAAUCACCACCGCCUCUACCAUCCUCCUCUCCUCUGAUGACUCUCUUUGACAACAACCCUGAUCUUAUUAGCAGCAACUCCAAUGUUCACGCCGAUUUGGUGAAGCCGUCUUUCUUUGGGCCCCCGCGAAUGAUGGCACAACCACACCUCAUUCCUGGUGUAUCUAUGCCCACUGCUCCUCCUCUCAAUCCUAAUAAUGCGAGUCACCAGCAGCGGCCAUACGGUACUCCGGUGCUCCAGCCUUUCCCACCCCCAACUCCACCACCAUCACUCGCUCCUGCACCCACUGGUCCGGUUAUCAGCAGAGACAAAGUGAAAGAAGCCCUUUUAUCCCUGUUUCAGCACGAUGAAUUCAUCGACAUGAUGACCCGAGCUUUACAAAAUGCACAUCAACCAUGAAGCUGCGCUGGGUCAGCAUCUACGUGUGGGACAGUGGCUGUUUGAUUUAGAAUGUGUAGUUAAAAUGUAGUUUUGUUCCCUCUGAAAGUGUUGUUGGAACCUCGGAAGAGGAAGUUAUAAGAUACUGCACUGCUCCUUUUGUUUAACUCAUGGAAUUACUUUUUCAUUUUAUCUACUUUCAAGUUUUUACCUUUCCUCUUAUCAAUUUUUGUUUCGUAGUCGACAGACAUAUUAAAGACUUUAGAUUCAC